AUGAGAAUACAGUUGUUUAAUGAAUUGAAGAGUGUGUUGUUUGUAUAUGAAGGUUUUAGUCAUGAUGAGAUUGAGUUGGUUGAGAGUCUGUUUACAAACGAACCUAGAUACAAAGUCUUGAUAGUCACCAGUCAAGUGUUAUGGAACCUUAACAUUAAGUGUCCAUACGUCAUUGUUGCAGAUGUUAAUUCAAGUUACACUAAUCGUCCUCUGGUUCAAAAUUAUUACACUCAAUAUGAUCUUCAGUACAUAUUGUCACUUGCAAAUCCUAAAUCAAAUUAUAACAAAUCAGAUCAAGAUGGGGAUGAGGAUCUUGAGUGUAUAUUUUUGUUGGAGAAUAAUAAGAAAGAGGAGGUUAAGAGGAUGCUCUAUGACUCAGCUGUAUUGGAGAGUAAUCUUGAAUUGAGUUUGGAAGAAGCACUUAAUAAUGAAUAA